AUGGUGUUUCCUUCGUCAGAGUCGGGCGAGGUCGACCCCCACGAUGAAGGGUCGAUUUCCGUCCGCCGACCCUUUCAGGUUCCGUCGAGAGAUCUGGUACAAGAAAACAACCGCACAUCGGGGUUUUGCAUGCUCCCCGACGGCGGCACCAGGGCCGUCGUCUUCGAAUGGGUUCCCGCCCUCGUGGACAACUUCCACUUAACAUUGACCCGCAUCAAGGAGGAGCUCCCCAACACUUCAAACGAGGGGCAGGUGCAACCCUACACACCCAAAACGCUCAAUAUCCUAGGGUACGUCGAGGAGACUGACCAGCGCAUCGCUCUCGUGGACCUUGUGCACCAGGUGCGGCUUCUACGCACCGAGUUCCACAUGAGCCACGCCGCCCUCCGCAUGGGCAGCUUCGUGUUCAUUCCUCGGGACACUCCCAUUGUCGAGUUCCCCAUCGGUGUCACUGCCCCUUAUAUCCUCGAUUGGGGAGGCUACGCCAGGCCCAGCAUCUACCAACACCCUGGCUUCGACGGCUCGAAGCAGGCUUGGUACUAUGACGCCUGGUCCGUCGUCGUCAUCAUCUCCGAAGUCCUAAAGUGGGAGCUCGUCCAGCUACCCAAGUCGAGAAACCUCAACGCCUUUGCCGCGCUCAAGAACAAGAUCAAGACCAACCUACAGAAACCCAACGAGUGCAUACAUGCCGCGCUCUUCCGGUAUGCCUUUGCGUUCCUCGACCAGCGGCACGAUACCCUCGCUCGCAUGACUGUGCCUGAGAUUGAAACAUUCUAUGAUACGAUUUGCAGGCUGAUCUGA